AAAUAAAAAUAAGAAAGUCAUAUUAAUGGCCAACUGCCAGGCCAGUCAAAGAGGAAGAGGAAACAACGCAGUGAAUCAUUCCAUUUUUUUGGUCUCGAAUCUAUCGUCAGAUCGGAGCUGAUCUCUUGGAUUCCUAGGAGCCUUUUUGAACGAUGGCUUCGAAACGGAUCUUGAAGGAGCUCAAGGAUCUUCAGAAAGAUCCUCCUACCUCAUGUAGCGCUGGACUUGUCGGCGAGGACAUGUUUCACUGGCAAGCAACUAUAAUGGGUCCCCCAGAUAGUCCAUAUGCAGGGGGGUUGUUUCUGGUUACUAUUCAUUUCCCCCCUGAUUAUCCAUUUAAGCCUCCAAAGGUUGCUUUUAGGACAAAGGUAUUCCACCCUAAUAUUAACAGCAAUGGUAGCAUUUGCCUUGAUAUCUUGAAGGAGCAAUGGAGCCCUGCGCUAACUAUUUCCAAGGUGUUGCUUUCGAUCUGUUCGCUUUUAACAGAUGCAAACCCUGAUGAUCCAUUGGUCCCAGAGAUUGCCCACAUGUACAAGACAGAUAGAGCAAAGUAUGAAGCAACUGCCAGGAGCUGGGCCCAGAAGUAUGCAGCGGGUUGACAGGACCAGACUGACAAUUGCAUUAUAUUAUGUAAAGUUACAAAUUUGUCUGUCCUCCUAGUAACUGUUGCAGCAAUCAACAAGUGUAAAAUGGUGCUAACUAUACUCAAGUGUGUGUAAUUUUUAGUUUGGAUUGUGUUAGUUAAUUUGUCAGGGUUGUGCU